AUGCGCAUACGACUAGGUGAUGCGUGGUCUCAGUCUGCAAUCCCUUUACGAUGGGCGGGCACGUUGGAGAGGAAGUCAAGAGCUGAAGGAAUCAAAGUCGAAUCGCUCACUGCGAAAUGGCAACCACACUGGGAUCGACUAUCUUCCCAAUGGCACAACUUGCAGGAGUCCGACAGAGGCAACGCAUACGUGCUGCCCAUGUUCCCAUACCCCUCAGGCACGCUCCAUCUCGGCCACUUGCGCGUAUACACCAUAUCCGAUGUUCUCUCCAGGUACAAGCAUAUGCAGGGUUACAAGGUCCUACACCCCAUCGGAUGGGAUGCAUUUGGUCUACCGGCUGAGAACGCAGCGAUCGAGCGAGGAGUACAUCCGGAGAAAUGGACACUACAAAACAUUGAGACUAUGAAGAGUCAGAUGCAGGAAAUGGGCGGACGCUGGGACUGGGACGCUGAAAUACGAACAUGCGAUCCCCACUUCUACAAACACACCCAGCGCAUCUUCCUUAUGCUUCAUGAACGUGGGCUAGCCUACCAAGCCGAAUCCCUCGUGAACUACGACCCCGUCGAUAAAACCGUCCUCGCGAACGAACAAGUAGACGCCAAUGGCUGCUCCUGGCGCUCCGGCGCAAAGGUCGAGAAGGUGAUGCUGAAGCAAUGGUUUCUGAAAAUCAAGGAGUUUCAAGAGCCUCUUUUAAAGGAUCUGGAUGCUCUUGCACGAAAUGGAAGGUGGCCUGAGAAGGUCCUUGCCAUGCAGAGAAACUGGAUCGGCAAGUCUGAAGGCGCGCAACUUUGGUUCGACAUCGUCUCGACUGACAGCGAGAUGCGCUUUGAGCCUGUCGAUGUCUUCACUACCAGAGCUGAUACAUUGUUCGGAGUGCAAUACAUUGCCCUCUCGUUGCGCCAUCCAAUCGUCCAGCAGCUGGCCAUCGAAGAUGAGGAGCUUCGCGCCUUUAUGGAGCGAGCAAAAGAGCUACCUCCAGACACCAAGGAGGGGUUCAAGCUGCGAAGGAUUGUAGCGCGCAACCCGCUUGCUCAUGUACAGGGCUCUACGGGACCUUGUGUUCCUGUAUACGUGGCUCCAUACGUUUUGGACGAUUAUGGCUCUGGCGCCGUAAUGGGCGUCCCAGGUCACGAUACGCGAGACCAUGCCUUUUGGCGAACAAAUGUUGGUGAUGAGCCAGUCAGAGUCGUUGUAUCCGCUAAGAAAGGCACCCUACCACUGCCGCUUGUACCACGCAGUGGCAAAGACACACCUGUGACUGAGAAAGGCUUUGUUGCUGCUGACAUAGAGCACUUCGGUGGCAUGACUUCGAAGCGAGCUGCGAAUGAGGUUGUGCAAGCGAUAAUCAACACCGGAAAGCCAGCCCAGAAAACCGCAAACUGGCGACUUCGAGAUUGGUUGAUCAGUCGGCAGCGUUACUGGGGUGCACCCAUCCCUAUCGUCCAUUGUGACUCUUGUGGGGCUGUUCCUGUGCCUGAGAAGGACCUUCCUGUCGAGUUACCAAACCUGCCUGACAGUUUCUUCGAGGGCCGCAAAGGCAACCCAUUGGCAGAAGACGAGAAUUGGAAGAAGACCAAUUGUCCGAAGUGCGGCUCGGCUGCUGAGCGCGAGACCGAUACUAUGGACACUUUCAUGGACUCAUCUUGGUAUUUCUUCAGGUUCUUAGAUCCGAAGAACGAGCAUGCCUUGGUUGAUCCGGCGAAGACUAAUAGCGGUAUGCCAGUAGACCUCUAUGUCGGCGGUGUAGAACACGCGAUUCUCCAUCUGCUGUACGCACGCUUCAUAUCCAAGUUCCUUGCAACCACUCCAACAUGGCCCAAAGGUUAUCUGACAAACGGCGAGCCUUUCACACGUCUCAUCACUCAAGGUAUGGUACACGGAGAGACAUUUACAGACCCCGAAAAUGGUCGCUUCUUGCGGCCAGAUGAGGUUGACCUGACAAACCCCUCCAAGCCCAUCAUCAAGGCUAGCGGGGUUACUCCAAACGUUAGCUUCGAAAAGAUGUCGAAGAGCAAGUACAAUGGCGUGGACCCAGGUGCCACAAUCGCCAAGUAUGGCGCAGACGCAACGCGUGCGCAUAUGCUUUUCCAAGCACCCGUCAGUGACGUGCUCGAAUGGGAUGAGAAGAAGAUCACUGGGGUACAACGGUGGUUACAUCGAGUGAUCAAGCUGUCAACCGCACCAUGGAUACCUGACGAUGAGGUCAAAAGGUUCGUGGUACCGGAACAUGUCGACAAGAAACUCCUCAACAUUCUGCAAGAUGCUUCGACAAGUGGGGACUCUAAGAACGCCACACGCGAAAGCUUGGUGUCUACUAUCAGGCCAGAUGAAGCGAAGCUCUGGAUCAAAACACAAGAAACCAUCGCCAGUGUCACCGAAUCGUACUCGCAGACAUACUCUCUGAACACCAUCAUCAGCGAUCUAAUGACGCUGACGAACACUAUCUGGGACACUCCACAUGCGUCUUCCCUUACACCAUAUCUCAAAUGGUACUCUAUGGCGCACCUCGUUCGCAUGCUUGCCCCAAUCGCUCCUGGUGUCGCCGAGGAAGCCUGGCACCAAUUGAAUACCUGUACCAUAUCUCAAACGCAUGAAGGCGGUGUACAAACCGUCUUUGCAAGAAGCUUCCCAACCGCCGAUCUCGCCAUCAUACCACUUCUCACCACGACACGCAAGUGUGUAGUUCAGAUAGAUGGUAAACGUAAAUUCGAUGUGGACAUCCAGAAGCUCCCCGAAUCGAUCAGCCCCAAAGACAGCAAUGCUGUAACGAAGUUUGUCCUGGGUGAAUUGGUGCAGACAGACGAGGGAAGGGAGUGGUUCGAUAGACAGACUGGAAAGAUCUGGAAAUUGAGCGCAACAGAGAAAGAGAGCGAGGAGUUUGAGGUAGUACCCGAGGGAUGGAAGGUUAUUGCUGUGAACGGUGGUGCAUUAUGCAACUUUGUUGGGCCGAAGAAACCCAAGAUCGAAAAGAGUAAAUGA